ACAUUUUCUGAGCAGAAUACCAAUGCUGUUACAUUUCUUCCCAGAGGUUUCUGACUCUUCUUAUAUGCGGAUAAAAUUUCUCUCCGAGAAGGUUUUGUUCACAGGAAAGAAAUAGCAUCUUUGUAAGAGUCGUCCUAAAAGAAAUGGCAUCAGAUAUUCCUGGCUCAGUGGCCUUGCCAGUGGCUCCGAUGGCGAGUGGACAAGUGAGGAUGGCAGGAUCCAUGCCUUCCAGAGGAGGAAAGCGUCGCUCUGGAAUGGACUUUGAUGAUGAAGAUGGGGAGGGGCCCAGCAAAUUUUCAAGGUAUGAUGGUGAUCAAAUCACUGGUGAUAAGGAAAAGUUUGCAAGGGAGAAUCACAGUGAGAUCGAGAGGCGCAGGAGGAAUAAGAUGACCCAGUACAUCACGGAGCUGUCGGACAUGGUGCCCACGUGCAGCGCCCUGGCUCGUAAGCCUGACAAGCUGACCAUUCUGCGCAUGGCUGUUUCCCACAUGAAAUCCAUGAGGGGCACUGGAAACAAAUCUACUGAUGGAGCUUACAAGCCUUCCUUUCUUACAGAACAGGAACUGAAACACCUUAUCCUGGAGGCUGCAGAUGGGUUCCUGUUCGUAGUUGCAGCUGAGACGGGAAGAGUGAUCUACGUAUCAGACUCUGUGACUCCUGUGCUAAACCAGCCUCAGUCUGAAUGGUUUGGCAGCACUUUGUACGAGCAGGUUCAUCCAGACGACGUGGAAAAGCUGCGAGAGCAACUGUGUACAUCUGAAAACUCUAUGACAGGACGAAUCCUGGACUUGAAGACGGGGACAGUAAAGAAGGAAGGCCAGCAGUCCUCGAUGAGAAUGUGCAUGGGAUCCAGGCGCUCUUUCAUUUGCAGGAUGAGGUGUGGAAAUGCUCCUCUGGAUCAUUUACCCCUGAACAGAAUAACCACCAUGAGAAAAAGAUACAGGAAUGGCCUGGGCCCAGUGAAAGAGGGUGAAGCACAAUAUGCUGUUGUUCACUGCACUGGCUAUAUCAAGGCUUGGCCACCAGCAGGAAUGACUAUACCAGAAGAAGAUGCUGAUGUGGGACAAGGUAGUAAAUACUGCCUCGUGGCAAUAGGAAGGCUUCAGGUGACCAGCUCUCCCGUGUGCAUGGACAUGAAUGGCAUGUCGGUCCCCACGGAGUUCCUGUCCAGGCACAACUCCGAUGGAGUCAUCACCUUUGUGGACCCAAGGUGCAUCAGUGUCAUUGGCUACCAGCCCCAGGAUCUUCUGGGGAAAGAUAUUUUAGAAUUCUGCCAUCCUGAAGAUCAAAGCCAUUUGCGAGAGAGUUUCCAACAGGUGGUGAAACUGAAAGGUCAAGUCCUGUCUGUGAUGUAUCGUUUUCGCACCAAAAACCGGGAGUGGAUGCUGAUCAGAACCAGCAGCUUCACAUUUCAGAAUCCUUAUUCUGAUGAGAUCGAAUACAUCAUCUGCACCAACACUAACGUCAAACAACUUCAGCAACAGCAAGCAGAACUCGAAGUGCAUCAAAGAGAUGGGCUGUCAUCCUAUGACUUAUCUCAGGUGCCUGUUCCAAGUAUACCAGCUAAUGUUCACGAGGGUGGAAAGUCUGUGGAAAAGCCUGAUGCUAUCUUCUCCCAAGAGAGAGAUCCUAGAUUUGCUGAGAUGUUUGCUGGAAUAACUGCUUCAGAUAAAAAAAUGAUGGCCUCUGCAUCCACAGCAGGAAACCAGCAGCUUUACUCACAGGGAAGCCCAUUUCAGCCAGGACACUCGGGAAAGACUUUCAGUUCAUCUGUGGUGCACGUGCCUGGUGUCAACGACAUCCAGUCUUCCUCCUCCACCGGCCAGAACCUGACACAGAUAUCCCGGCAGCUCAACCAGAGCCAGGUGGCCUGGACAGGAAAUCGCCCACCGUUCCCAGGACAGCAAAUUCCAUCUCAGUCUGGCAAGGCUCAGUCGUCCCCCUUUGGCAUUGGAACAAGUCACACCUACCCAGCUGAUCCAUCGUCAUACAGCCCCCUGUCCAGCCCAGCCACCUCUUCUCCAAGUGGGAAUGCCUACUCCAGCUUAGCAAACCGAAGUGCAGGCUUUGCUGAGGGUGGCCAGAGCAGCGGGCAGUUCCAGGGGAGACCUUCCGAAGUGUGGUCGCAGUGGCAGAGCCAACACCACAACCAGCAGAGCGGGGACCAGCACUCACACCCACAGCCCAACCAGACCGAGGUGUUCCAGGACAUGCUGCCGAUGCCGGGGGAUCCAACACAGGGUACUGGCAAUUACAACAUCGAAGAUUUUGCUGACCUGGGCAUGUUUCCACCAUUUUCCGAGUAGCUUGCAAAGCAGAAAUGGAAGUUCUUCUUCUCCAAGGCCAUUUCAGUGUAAUUUUGGCGCUGCUUUUUCUGUGUUGCGUUCCUGUAGAAGCUACUAAACCAGAAGACACAUUUCUCACAUUUCAGGUAGUAAGUGUAGGGCUUGCUCUCUCCUCCUUGGGGUGCAUCAGUGCCAACAGAGGAGCUCCAGCACUUGUUAGUGUUCAUUGACAGAUCAAUUUUUUUAAUUUUAUUUUAUUUUAUUGUCAUCUACCUCAGAGAUAAAAAUUUUGCUUGUUUUAAAAAAAAAUCUCUGAGUCUCAAAUAUUUGAAUGUGAAUGGUACAUAAUAUUUCCUUUGAAUGGUAAUUUUUCAGUAGAUAAAGUAACAAAGACUAACAGAGAAAAGGUAAGGUCAUGUCUCGUUACAGUGCCUACCACGCAAUUUUGAUGCCUUGCUUUAAGCUUAAGUUUGUGAAAGCAGACACAAUAUUCUGUUUUCUUUGAUUCUUGUAGGUUUUAGGUCACUUUAAAUGUUGAGAUUAAGCAACAUAAUGUAGGCCUCUCGCACCAGAGGAUUCAGCUCUGCCUUUUCUAACUUAAACUUGAAUGUGUGUACAUUUUGGUACUUUAUGUAUAUCUUGUGCUGUAUGAAGUGAUUUCCUGUACUGGUUUCUUUUGCCUUUACAAAGGGUCCAUUCUGGAGUGUACUGAACAGGCUGAUGAUGUAUGUGAAGGAUUUGAAUAUCGUGGGAGUCUCCAUCACUUCACAUAGGUGUUCUUACUUUUAAUUCAGGUGGUUCUCUAUUCAGAACAAACAUUUACUUACAUAAGCUAUUAGUCUGGUUUUGCACUGAAUUGAGGCCUAUAACCUUGUACAUUUCUCACUGGCUGCUUUAAUUAUUAUUGUUCUUGCUUUCCCAAAAAAAUUGCCUCUUAAAAAAUUACUGUAAACACAUUGAGAUUGCAUUUUCUAUUUUAGCUGCAUUACCUUUCUGUGAAGUACUUUUUUAUACUGUGAAACCUCACAUUUUAACAGUGCAAGGUGGUGGCCUGUUACUAGGAAAUCAUUCAAGCUCAUUUGCUGGGAGCAGUGAGAUGGUUUUGUAGUGUAUAAUUUUUUUAGAGUGAGUUGGUAAUAGAUACUGACUGGACUAUUGUCCACUGCAUACAGAGUGAUAACUUGAAUUUUUGCUUGGAUUCCCAAGCAAAUGCUUCUGUUCAACCCUGUUAACCCUGUUCCGUUAAAUAUGGGAUUUUCAGCUUACCAUGUUUGUUGAGGACUCUUGACUGCUCGGAAUGCCACAUUGCAUUUUGGCUUUCCACAGAGGUAAGUUCUUCCUCUUGGGCAAAUCUCCUGCCAUAUGUCUUCAUCAGAGAUGCGGUAGGAAUCUUUUUGUUCAGUAUUUCAUAUGCAUGAUGAGUUACAGAGGUUGGAUUGUAAGGAUUGGAUCCUGAUUGUUUCUUCUGGGAUGGGAAGAGAAGGAAUCACUCACAAAAUCCCAAGGUCCUGCAUGCAGGUUGUUCAUAACAUUUGAGGUUGGCUGUUGGUAGGCAGCCCCUGCAGAGGAGGAGGAGGCAGAUUCCCUCAGCUUUUGGACAUUCAGGGGCCUUGAAAGAGCAGCCCCAGGGCAUAGCCCCCAUCCAGAAAAUCUCAGUGUGUGCAGCAAUUCUCAACCUUCACAGGAUUAAGCUUUGUCUUCUCAUAGCCCCUCUCGAAUUCCGGGGUGUCUCUGAGUAGGGACACGGUGCACACCACCACAGCCCGUGGUUUUGGGAUAACAUCCUGGAGAGCAGGCAGGCCCUGCCCCACAGCCCGCUCUGGCCAUGCAGGUUUCAGGUGAGCCUGGCCCAGGGACACGGCUGGCACGGGUGGGGCUGUGCCCAUCUGACACUGCUGUCCCAGCCUUCUCCCAGAUCAGCAUGUGGUGUUCAGGAGCCAGCAAGAGUCCUUCUUACUAUUUCUCUUACUAAAUCUGGGACCAAUCUCUGCCCUACGUGCGAGUAGGGCUAGGGAGUCUUUUUUUUUUAGGACAGUUUUGUAUAUCUCUAGAUGUGGUGUUAGAGGGGCCUCGGAUCUCCUGGUCUGCACUUGCCUCACCAAAUCACAGAGAACGAACAAAAAGCCUCCUAUCUCUUCUCCCUCAGAGAUCAGGAAAAUACCAUCUUAGGUGAGCAAGCCAUGUGCUUAUGCACUUUUCUUUUAAAUACAUGGAUGUUUAUUCUCCUGGAGCCAUCUCCCUUUCCCCUCACGCUGCUCAAAUGAAUGACUGCUCAUGGAAUUGGAAAGGGAAAGCUCUGCAGCCUCAGAGUAAAGUUCACUGGUGUCUCUAAGAGGUGCCUGGAUGCUGCCCCAGUGAGUGAGCUGCUCAGUGUCUGUGCAGGGUUUUGAAAGGGGCUGCUUGUGAGGGAGGGAGCAGUAGGUGAGCAGUUUGUGUCUCUGCACAUAAGGUGCUCAACACAAUAAAUGUCAGUUCUUCUGAAAUUUUUAUAAAUUUUUCCAUAAAGUGAAUAAUGAAUUCAGCAAAAAAGUGCUGUUCCUGUGUUUUAUUUUACCCAACAAUCUGCUCUAAGUAUAUUUAUAGUUUAUUUUACUUCCUGAAUUCAAUUUAAAAAUAAGGUUUUUACAGUUAUUUUCUUUCUCCUGACGUCAGCAAUGAUAACUUCCUCAGUGUGUUGUGGGUUUUUUACUACUGGAGAAGGCUUCCCGUGUACUGCAGUUCAAAGUGCGCUGUUAGAAAAAUUUAAGCACAUCUCUCUUUUUCUUGUUGUUUUUUGAAGUCAGUACGCCUGAGGGAUCAGAGCACAGACAGCUUCUCACCUUGUGGACUCCUCCUGCUUUUCUGGUUGGGAAAGGUGAUGGCUGCUCUCUUAGGGCCAGUCUGGAUAGGGCCAGGUUUGGGUUUUUCCUUGUGAGCCGUUCCUGUUGUGCCAUCCCAAGCCAGCGCUUUACUCUUGGCAGCUCCCCCCUUGCCCUGCUCCUCUCCCAUUGCUGGCCACGGCGUUGGGCUGCUGUGCCCGAGCCAGUGAGGAGGGAGCAGCCAACGAGUUUGGCGGCUUUGUGCUUCUGAGCCAGCGGGCGCUGCAGGGGAGGUUUGCUGGUACUGCAGGGGAGGGUUGCUGGUGCUGCAGGUGAAGCUUUGCUGGUGCUGCAGGUGAGGCUUUGCUGGUGCUGCAGGUGAGGUUUGCUGGUGCUGCAGGUGAGGCUUUGCUGGUGCUGCAGGUGAGGCUUUGCUGGUGCUGCAGGUGAAGCUUUGCUGGUGCUGCAGGUGAGGCUUUGCUGGUGCUGCAGGUGAAGCUUUGCUGGUGCUGCAGGUGAGGUUUGCUGGUACUGCAGAUGAGGGUUGCUGGCACUGCAGGUGAAGCUUUGCUGGUGCUGCAGGUGAGGGGCUUUGCUGGUGCUGCAGGUGAGGCUUUGCUGGCGCUGCAGGUGAGGCUUUGCUGGCACUGCAGGUGAGGCUUUGCUGGCACUGCAGGUGAGGCUUUGCUGGUGCUGCAGGUGAGGCUUUGCUGGUGCUGCAGGGGAGGGUUGCUGGUGCUGCAGGUGAGGUUUGCUGGUACUGCAGGUGAGGCUUUGCUGGCACUGCAGGUGAGGCUUUGCUGGCACUGCAGGUGAGGCUUUGCUGGCACUGCAGGUGAGGCUUUGCUGGUGCUGCAGGUGAGGUUUGCUGGUGCUGCAGGUGAGGUUUGCUGGUGCUGCAGGUGAGGCUUUGCUGGUGCUGCAGGUGAGGCUUUGCUGGCGCUGCAGGUGAGGUUUGCUGGUGCUGCAGGUGAGGGUUGCUGGCACUGCAGGUGAGGUUUGCUGGCACUGCAGGUGAGGCUUUGCUGGUGCUGCAGGUGAGGUUUUGCUGGUACUGCAGGUGAGGCUUUGCUGGUGCUGCAGGUGAGGGGCUUUGCUGGUGCUGCAGGUGAAGCUUUGCUGGUGCUGCAGGUGAGGUUUGCUGGUGCUGCAGUUGAAGCUUUGCUGGCACUGCAGGUGAGGGGCUUUGCUGGUGCUGCAGGUGAGGCUUUGCUGGCACUGCAGGUGAGGCUUUGCUGGCACUGCAGGUGAGGGGCUUUGCUGGUGCUGCAGGUGAAACUUUGCUGGUGCUGCAGGUGAGGUUUUGCUGGCGCUGCAGGUGAGGCUUUGCUGGCACUGCAGGUGAGGCUUUGCUGGUGCUGCAGGUGAGGCUUUGCUGGUACUGCAGGUGAGGCUUUGCUGGUGCUGCAGGUGAGGCUUUGCUGGCGCUGCAGGUGAGGUUUUGCUGGCGCUGCAGGUGAGGCUUUGCUGGUACUGCAGGUGAGGCUUUGCUGGCACUGCAGGUGAGGCUUUGCUGGUGCUGCUGGCGCUGCCCAGCCCCGCUGUGUCUGUGCUGCUGCUCCCCAACACCACCCCACGUCUUGUGGCUGACAGAGCUGUGUAGCCUUGGCUGUGCUGUACCUUGUGUUGGGUUACUAAAGCGACUUUGCUUAUCCUAUAGCUGCAGUUAAUAAGGUGCAUUGGGAAUGCUGAUGUUUUUAUUACGUGCUGUCAGUGUAGCUUUGUUGGCACUUUGGCUUCCAGUUUCCAGAACUUCGUAGGUGGUGGAUUUAUCAUUCCUUUUGUGGUUUUUUUCCUAAGCUGGAAAUAAAGCUGUGAUUUCUGAUUGAACUGUUGCAAACACAGUGUUUCUUGAAACUGAAUCUUUUGGGUUUUAAACUAAUGGAGCAGGAAACUGCAAAAGAUGGUCUGGGUUAGUUAUUUCAAGGAGCAGACAUGUAGACUGAGACAGUUUUAGAUACUAAAAUAUUUGUAUUCAUUUAUUCAGUCAAACAAUCUGAGACUCCAUCACAUUACUUGUACAAGUGCUACUGGCAGUACCUGCAGUGAUGCUUUAACCAGAUAGUUCCAUUUGUAGCUUUGUUGCCUUUUCUUUUGAAGUACAGUAUGAAACUGUAAAUACUUCUUGCAGAACUGCCUUUUUAACUCGUAAUUACUUUUGGCACAGUGUUAAAUAGUGUUGGAUUUACCAAUUGCUAUGACAUAUAUUUUUAUACAUAGGUGUACUCUUUUUUCGAGAAUAAUACAGCCAUUUUGUCAUUAAUGCCUUACUGGUGUCAUACUGCUGUUGCUCUUUGUUUGCAAGGUAUCGAGUGGACUAAUUUCUAGUUCAGAUAUUUUCUCUCUUCCUGGCAGUGCUCAAGUUUGGCUUCAGGUGAUUUUUGCCAGAGCCCCAUUUUUCACAGUUGUUAACUGUGAGAAGAAGAGAAUGUGGGCUGGGGCUUGUUGCUGUUAAUGGAGCAAAGAAAAGGUGAUGGCAUCUAAUUGUCUUUAAAAGGUCAGUCUUUUCCCACUCUAAACCAUUAGAGUGCAUUUCAUGAAACUGAUGACUGUGGGCACUGAUUACUUUGUGUAGAUUAAUGGUCUUUAAAAAAGAAGGGGAAAGGGGAAAAAAGAAAACAACUCCAAAAAUGGGCUUCUGUCAUUGUUAGGCACUUGGUUACGUAUCUGUUUAAACUCUUCAUAUUGAUGUGAAAUUGUGCUGUGGAUAAAGUGUAUUUUGUACUUCUGAAUGUUCUAUAUUUAUGACUAACAAGUACAGAAUCAGUUGUGUGUAUGUAUAACUAAUAACUGCCUUUUUAAAUUUCAUUAAAAUAAAAAUGUCAUGAGCUGUUGUUAA